AGUUAAUCUCUCCCGCUGAAACGUCAUAGGAGAGUUAAAGCGGGGAGGGCCUGCGCAAAAAGCUGCGCUCAUCUUUCCAGUGGCUCAAGCUGUCCUCUUUGAGAACGUACAGUCAAUAUGGCCUCUGGAGUAGUGGUUGAUGAUGGUGUGGUGAAGGCGUACGAGGAGAUCAAGGUGCAUCACACAGGUGAGGUGAUGAGCGAUCGGCUCAAGCUGGUCAUGUUCCGCCUCAGUGAUGACGACAGGAGCAUCAUCGUGGACGAGGAGUCUACCCUCAGGAUGAAAGACGUGUCUAAUGAGGACGACGUCUUCAAGAAGCUUGUUAGCAUGUUCCCCCUGAAGGACUGUCGAUAUGCAUUGUAUGACUGUUGCUACAGAACCAAGGAGACUGACAAGGAGGACCUGGUCUUCAUCAUGUGGGCCCCUGAUGAGGCCCCACUGAAGAAGAAAAUGCUGUACGCCAGCUCAAAGGGUGCCCUAAGGAAGAAGCUGCAAGGGCUUAAAAUUGAGUGGCAGGUGAACGAUAUUGCAGAUGCCAAGGACACCUCUGUGCUAAUAGAGAAACUGGGAAGCCGAGGAAGUAUCAAGGAGCUGGAGGGCAAGACCGUGUAAAAAUGCAACUGGUCCAGCGCUCCCCUUUGAUGUACCAACAGAAUGGCCUAACAACAGUGAAGACGAGUUGCUUAAGUGUUUUGUUUUUAUUCGUUGCUUUUUUUUUUUUUUUUCUUUAACCUCAAACCUGCCUUGGUGAGAAACUGAGAGGAGAGGAGGGGGGGGGGUUGUAAUUCCAAAAUGGCUUAUCCAAACUAAUGAAUUCCUGACGGGAACAAAACAUUCUGAUCGUUCCUUAAGACGGAUCAGUUUUUUUUUUUAUUAUUAUUAUUUUUUGCUUUAUUUUGGAGUUUCAGUUUGUUCCUUGUGCUUUCACUUUAGUGCCCUCUGUCUGGUUCAUUCCAUUUUAAGUGGCUCCUUAUUAUACUCCAGAAGUGCAUAUCAAAGCUGCUGGCUCCCCCCGAUGGAUGCCCUGUCUAAUGACUCAGCUCCAGUCUUCAUUUAACAGGCCUGAUUCUGCCCAUUAGGUCCUAGUCAGGACUGAUUGGCUGAUUCAGGUUUUUCAGUGGAGGGGAGGAGAGGGGCUGCAGCAGCUCUCACCCUAGUAUUCAGAAUUGUGUUCUGCCCUUGGGUCAGGCGUACUGUUAUCCUAAGUUCUGUCAGUUGUGACUGUUACAUUCCAUUAAGCUAACUAAAACUCUUUGUCUACGCGUUGUUCAUUCUUUGCCACAAUGGGAAAAGAAAUAAAUAAUAAAAAGAUUAUCUGAA